UACAUCAUUCUCUCUCUUGUUCUGUUUUUCUCCCUUUGAUUUCAAAACAAAACAACAACACACGUUUUUUGUGUUCUUAGCAACUUAAUUUUAAAAGAAUUUAAUAUGGUCCAAGGAAAAUUCAAGAAGGCAAAACUCCCAGCGAGUGUCCAAAAGAAACAAAAGCAAAAGAACAGUGCCGCUUUUACAAGGAGAUCAAAUGCUCCAAUUCAAGCAAAGAAAUCCAAAUUCAAUGAACAUCAAAAGAUAAAACAGGCCAUAUCCAAAACUCUUAACAAGUCCGUAGAGGAGGAGAUGCGUUCUCGUGCUGCCGAAGGAAAAUUAAAAUUGAGUAAGGCUCAGGAAGCUGUGGCCAAACAUAACAAAACGGUAGAGCCCUCCACGUAGACUUCGUGAUGCCCUCUGAAAAUGCGUCUUAAAUAUUUUUAGUUAAUUUGUUAUUGUAAAAAUAUAGAUAUUCACCAAAUAAAUUAAACUUUUUAUCAUGUCA